AUGCAGGCACCAUCACUUUCCUCUCAUCUGAAUGGGUUUGGAGAGACUCAAGCCAGCUGGCUGAUGCAAGAUGGGAUCCCUACAUGGUACCAUGGCUCCAUUUCCAGAGAAUCUGCUGAAAGUUUGCUCCAGGAGAAACCACUGGGAUGUUUCCUAGUACGAAUGAGCCAGAGUCAUGUGGGCUACACACUCUCAUACAGAUCCAAGGACUGCUGCCGCCACUUCAUAAUUGAGCUUUUGCCUGAUGGCUGUUUGGCAAUCUCUGGAGAGAAUGGUGUCCAUGCAACAUUAAUGGAACUUGUGAGCUUCUAUCAGAAAAAUGCCAUCCAGCCCUUUGAGGAACUGCUAACUCAGCCAUGUGUCCGGGUGAAUGAAAAUGAUGUUAAAUAUGACAAUCUCUCCCUUUAUUCUAACGUUGCAGUGGGUGGUAAAACCAGCCCAGUGGAUGGCUCAUCGGCUCACAUGCCCAAGCCCUGCUUAUCUCCUCCCAUCACUGUAUCCCUGAGACCCAUGCCUCUGCCUUGGAAAAAAAUGACAGUGAAGCCCAAAGCUGACACACCAGAUACCUCAUCCCAACCUUUUGACCAAUCACCAGCCACCAGCCAUGCUCAGAAGUCAGGGAAAGCCUUGUUGAAUAAUGCCCCACAAAAAAUCUGGAAGAAUCUUAAGAAUCUGCCUCAGACUGGGAAGAAGAUAACAGAGCAAAUCAAAAGCCAUCUCCCAGAUAUGACGCUGUCCUUCCCUUUGGCUUCAGUAGCAGCUGAGAGGCAUAAAGAGGGCCAAGCCAGGGAGGUCCCGAGCCCAGUGAGAGAUGAAUCUGUCGCCCAAGAAGAAGAGAGUCAUCCAGAAAGGGAAGCCCAGAAUUCCCCCAUAAAUAUCUAUGUAGAUCCUUUUGAACAAACUUCAUAUCCAAAACACACCUCUCACUCCAAAAUUCAACAUCUUGACUUGUCUCUGAGGAAAUUAGUCAGGACAUCAACCAUCCCCAUUUCAACUUCUGAGAAACCCAUCUUGCCUGGCCCUGGGAGGGCAACAAUCUCCGAAGGGACUACAAGCCAGGACUGUCCCAGGACAGUAAGUGAUAAACUAUGCUUCCUCCCUGAGGAGUACAGGCCACCCCCACCCUUUGCCCCAGGGUACUGA